CAGUCAGUACUCUCCUACGGUGACUCCAGUAGGUCAAACCAUACAGUUAAGCCGUGUCGAGGCAGGGGAACUGAGCAUUUUCACAAUGGCGAGAUAGUAGGGAAAAUGGGGACGUUUCUCAGGGCUAAAAGGAAAAUGUAAAUUUGAUAGGGAGUUACUAUUAAGUGAUAGUGCUGGAAUGUUAAAGGAUCAUAGCGGUUAGAACUGGAGGACGGCUUAGGUGGAGGGUAUGUGGACACUGCGGUGUUGCGUGGUAUAAGGUUAGCUAGCUACAGAGGAUUGAGGCAAACCAGCAUCAAUUGGACUAACAGUGGCAGGAGAAUGGCUUUCUUAUCAUGAGAGAGUGCGAGCCCAGCUUUCUGGAGGGUCGUUCAAAGUAGCUGCUUUAUUUGUCGUUGUAAGAUACCUUUCCCUCAACAAGAAGAAGCAAGCACAAGUUGGUUUAAUUUAGUGGAAUGGCAGGGAGAAGCCGAAGAGCAUGGUUCAGUGUUCUUUUGGGACUGGUUGUCGGAUUCACUCUGGCUUCCAGACUUAUUUUGCCAAGGGCCACCGAGUUGAAGAAAGCUGGUCAAAAACGCAAAGCAAGCACCGGCGGCUGUGGGAUACAUAGAGGACCGAGGAAAGACUACGGUGGUGGGCUGGUAUGGCCACCCCAAGAUAACGGUGUGUUGGCAACUGAGAAGCCAGCCUCGGCAUCCAGCAAUUUUCUUUUUGUCGGCGUCAUGACUGCCCAGAAGUACCUGGACACCCGUGUUGUAGCGGCACAUAGGACCUGGGCUCGCACCAUACCAGGCCGUGUGGAGUACUUCUCAAGUGAAGGCUCAGACACUAGUCUCCCUUUACCAAUCGUGGCCCUGAAGAACGUGGACGACUCGUACCCACCUCAGAAGAAGUCUUUCAUGAUGCUCAAGUACAUGCACGACCACUACCUGGACCAAUUCGAGUGGUUUAUGCGAGCCGACGACGACGUCUACAUCAAGAGCAAUCGGCUGGAAAGCUUCCUGCGCAGCCUCAACAGCAGCGAGGCCAUCUUCCUGGGCCAGACGGGCAUGGGCGCACGGGACGAGCUGGGCAAGCUGGCCCUGGAGCCUGGCGAGAACUUCUGCAUGGGUGGCCCGGGGGUGAUCAUGAGCCGCGAGGUGCUGCGGCGCAUGGUGCCCCACAUCCGCCAGUGCCUGCAGGAGAUGUACACCACACAUGAGGACGUGGAGGUGGGCCGCUGCGUGCACCGCUUCGCUGGGGUGCAGUGCGCUUGGUCCUAUGAGAUGCAGCAGCUUUUCUAUGAGAACUAUGAGCCCAACAAGAAAGGCUACAUUCGGGACCUGCACAACAGCAAAAUCCAUCGCGCCAUCACUCUGCACCCCAACAAGAACCCUCCUUACCAGUACCGCCUGCACAGCUACAUGUUGAGCAGGAAAAUUGCUGAGUUGCGCCACCGCACCAUCCAGCUGCACCGUGAGAUUGUCCAGAUGAGCCGUCUCUCCAACACAGAGGUCCGCCGGGAGGACCUUCAGUUGGGCAUGGCCCCGUCGUUCAUGCGCUUCCAUCCACGGCAGCGCGAGGAUGUUCUGGAGUGGGAGUUCCUGACGGGCAAGUACAUCUUCACCUCUGCAGAUGGCCAGCCACCACGCCGGGGUAUGGAUGCCUCGCAAAAGGUGGCCCUGGACGAUAUCGUCAUGCAGGUGAUGGAGAUGAUCAACGCCAACGCGAAGACUCGCGGUCGGGUCAUCGACUUCAAGGAGAUCCAGUAUGGAUACCGGCGGGUCAAUCCCAUGUAUGGAGCCGAGUACGUGCUGGACCUGCUGCUACUCUACAAGAAGCACAAGGGCAAGAGCAUGACUGUGCCUGUCCGAAGGCACGCUUACCUGCAGCAGACCUUUAGCAAGAUCCAGUUCCAGGAGGAGGAGGAGAUGGAUGCCAAAGACCUGGCGAGCCGCAUCAACCAUGAAUCAGACUCGUUUUCCUUCUUGUCAAACUCCCUCAAGAUGCUGGUGCCCUUCAGGUUGGGCAGCUCUGGCUCAGAGCAGAAGGAGCCCAAAGAAGAAAAGAUCAACAUCCUGGUGCCGCUCUCAGGCCGGUACGAGAUCUUCGUCCGCUUCAUGGCCAACUUCGAGAAGGUCUGCCUCGUUCCCAACCAGAACGUCAAGCUCCUCCUCCUGCUCUUCACCACAGACAACAUCACAGAGCGCGUGCGGCAGGUGGAGCUCAUGAGAGAGUAUCAUGUGAAGUACCCACGGGCCGACAUGGAGAUCAAGCCCGUGUCCGGGCCCUUCUCCCGAGCUCUGGCCCUGGAGGUCGGCUCUGCCCACUUUCUCAAUGACUCGCUGCUCUUCUACUGUGACGUGGACCUGCUGUUCACUGCCGACUUCAUGAAGCGUUGCCGGGACAACACCAAGCUUGGCGAGCAAACUUACUUCCCAAUCAUCUUCAGCCAGUAUGACCCGAAAGUUGUCCAUGCCGGAAAGGUUCCUAGUGACAACCACUAUGUUUUUACCACCAAAACAGGCUUGUGGAGACACUAUGGUUACGGCAUCGUGUGUGUACAUAGAGGGGACCUGAUGAAAGCUGGUGGUUUUGACGUCUCCAUACAGGGCUGGGGCCUGGAGGACGUGGACCUCUUCAACAAGUUUGUCCAGUCAGGACUUAAACAGUUCCGCAGCGUUGACACUGGCAUCGUGCACGUUCACCAUCCUGUAUUAUGUGACCCCAACCUAGACCCCAAACAGUAUAAAAUGUGUCUGGGUUCCAAGGCGUCUUCACACGCCUCAACACAGCAGCUGGCUGAACUGUGGUUCGAAAAGAACGAUCAGACUUUCCACAAACUGGGAGACAAUGGAUCAUCGAGGACAGAAUGAUCUCUGCAAGGACAAGGAGGGCCUGACUCCUGAAAUGGUGUUUUUUUUUUAAAACUACCUAAUUUAUUUUUACAGAAGAGACUUACCAUGGAUAUAUUUUGGAAAUAACUUAAAAAGAUAAAACACACACCAACAUUCACAAACAUGAGCACAUCAUCAAAUAGUCAUCAUCAUUUUUUUUUUAACAAUGCAGAACAACAUCUGAAAAGAAGCCUGUAAAUGUAUGUGGGACUAGCAACGAAGUCAUUAAGAUUGUUUAUUUUAUUUUUUUUAUGUUAUUGAUCAAAGAUACAAAAUGUUUAGUAAUGCGGUGUAUCUGAGGGAAGUACACCGAUGGCUAAUUUCAAACAGUUGUGUGAAAUGGUAUUUAGGUAUUGAUAUUCAUCCUAGAAGGGCUGUUGAUUUUGAGCCGUGGUAUUGGGUUUUAAUGUAUUUUUUUUAUUUGUGAAUGUUUACAGAGAGAUACAUGAACAAAUAGUUAAUUUUAGGGGAGGGGGGGAUACAUUACAAUGCUUAACAUUAUCAUUAAGGGCCUAUGUGUUUUUGUAUGGUUUUGGAAAUUGGAAAUAACACUGUUUUAUUAUUGACUUAUGUGAACAAAACUGCUGGAUCUACUAUCUCCAAUUCCUUUGUUUCCUCUGUCUAAUUUAUUUUAAUAUGCAGUCUUGUUUUACAGUACUUGACUGAGAGUAUGUAUAUUAGAAGAUUGUAUUACCAUCUCAGUCAUGGCUAGUGUUUUGUUCUUUGUCUCACUCUCAAAUUAAUUUGAUUUACCAAAGACCUUUUGCACAGUUGCUGUAGACGUUGAUGUGAGUGAGUUAUGUGAGUGUUUGUGUGCCUGUGCUACCGUAUGUCUGUUUGCCUGUCUGUGUGUGUGCGUUUGUGUGUGUGUGUGUGUGUGUGUGUGUGUGUGUGUCUCUGUCGUGUAGGCUGAGGUGCAGGCGCGAGCAUUAACUUGUACUGUAGGAGGAGGAGUGCCGACUGGCUACGCUACACCGCCUUCUCAGAAUGGCUGUAAAUUCAAACUUGUGAUCCUGAUUGGUCUGAUUUGGUUUUAUGAAGCUGGUAGGUCUGGUUGAUUUUUUAUUUUUUUAUUUUAAUUUUUUUUUAAUAUUCUUUUGUUUGUUGGUUUGUGCAUCCACUUUGCCACAGUUUUCCUUUUUGAAAAUGGUUGUGGUGUGGCUGGGUGUGAACCAGCAGUCCUCCUAUAGUCACGGCGUCAUCCCAGCCCACUCCCUGCUCUCCAGCCAGCAGCUCAGGCUGCUCGCCUCCCUGCUGCGGGAGAGAAGAGACUCUCCCACCAGCUUGUUGUUGGUUUUCUUUUUUUGUUUUAGUCUCUCUAUCUUUGUCUCUCUGUGGGGAUUUUUGUAUUUUUAUUUUGUUCUUUAUGAACCCUGAUCUUCAUGGGAAAAGUUUUAUAUUUAAGUAAUACAGUUUUAAAAAAGAAA